AUGUCGUUGUCUCCGCUUCUUAUUCUUCCACCCGAAGUUAUUCAUCAUAUUAUCGAUUAUCUUGAUUAUGAAGAUAUUUUAUGGUCUCUACGGUAUGUCUGUCGAGAUUUGAAGGAGAAAAUUGAAUCCUACAAUCGAUAUCGACUUGAUUAUCGCUGCAUACCCAAUGUAAAAUUUAAGAAAAUCUGUUCUUUGAUUCGUCCAGAAAAUGUAAUUUCAUUGAUUCUUGCUGAUGAUGAUGCAAUAUCUAGUGGAGUGUUUCUUACUCAAUUUAAUAUCAAAGAUUUCACCCGACUUUAUUCAUUGACUUUGAUUCGAAUCCGAGAAAAACAUUUAAUUGAAUUCUUACAACAUCUUUCACCCAGUACCAAAUACUUAUCGAUCGAGCAUCAAGAUUCAUUGACUCUUAGUCAUGAAACAAUCGAACUUCACUCGUCAAUAUUGACAAAAGUUCGUCUUAGUCAAUUACAUAUGGUGACAUCGAAUUUUAUCAUCAUUAACAUGCGAUGGCCCGCUGAUUAUGCAAUACAAAAUUUGGCACUGCGAAGAUGUUCGUGCAAACAAUAUCUCAAUCUUCUUCGUUGCUUGCCCAAUUUACACACAUUGGAAUUGUUAGAUUUCAGUACGAAUGAUUUUGCUGAUACUUUUCCUUUCGAUUUAACGUUAGCUUCAUUCUCACACGUUAAAUCAUUGACAAUCACAUCUAAUAUGAUGUUAAUGGAAAUGAUUCGUCUGGUAAUUUCCCUUACUCGUUCAAUUCAUUACUUAAAACUAUCAAGUUUAACACGUGUUUUGAACAUACAAAAUUCGAUUUUUGAUGGUUCUCAAUGGGCGAAUUUCAUAGAAACGAAUUUAUCCGAACUGGAUAAAUUUGAAUUUUUGUUUCAAACAUUUCACACAACAUGUUCAGGAGAGGCACUUAAACAAAAACUUCAAACAUUCGUUACACCUUUUCAAACAUCUUUCUGGCGGGAACACAAACAUUGGUUCGUUAACUGUACAUGUAUCAAAGGUGAACUUAUUGAACUGUAUUCCAUACCUCUAUGUCAAUCAAACCAUGUUCAUGAUUCGAAAGACAAUCUAAUUUCGUGUUCGACGUUAGUCAUGACACCGGAAAACGAGACGGCAAUGAUGGAUAAUGUAUCUCAUUUAUCCCUUGCAUUGACUGAUAUACCGAUUGCUAUAUCUUCCGCACAGACUGCACGAACUCAUGAAGCUUUAUAUCGAAGAACAACGCAUUUAAGACUUCGAUUAAAUAGUGCAGAUUAUAAACGACGUAUUUGGCAUCUUUCAUCGCUGGUUGAUAUGGCAUAUCUUCGCCAAAUUUCACUUUCUAGCAAACUUGAUAAAGAUUCUAAUGUUAGGAUUAACUACACUGUUGACGCCUUAUUAAAACAGACAGUCAAUAUUCGCAAACUGCAAAUCAGUUUUGGAUACCGUCAUCAAUAUGACCAGAUUCUAAUAAAUGUAUUUCCAUCAACGUUAUUAGACAAAAUCAUCUAUGUUGUGUUCAAUACUGGAAGUGAGUGUAGAAUCGAUUUCAUACUCGACCGGCAUCGAUGUUCGACGAAUGCGAGAGCAGAAUCACUUUAUAAUCUCGAUGAAGCAUCUGUUUCACUUGUUGAUUGGUUAAAAGUAAACAAUCGUGAAUAUUACAUAUAUUGA